AUGGCAAUUGAGACCACUGAAAUCCCUGCUAGUACUGGUACCACGAACACAACUGCAUCUACUGAUUCCACUCAUAUCUUGUUUCAUCCUGACGAUUAUACGCAUCUAUGUCAUCCUUUAUAUGUGCAUCCAUCUGACUUGUUAGCCUCAUCUCUUGUGUCUGAAUUAUUUGAUGGAACAUUCUAUGGGAGUUGGCGUAGGUCGAUUUUAAUCACUCUAUCAUUUAGAAAUAAGCUUGACUUUAUUCACGGUACUUUUGAGAGACCUGCUGAAGGUUCUCCUCUACUAAGACAAUGGCAGCGGUGCAAUGAUUUAGUUGUUGCUUGGCUAGUCAAUUCUGUAACUAAGGAAAUACAAAGAUCUGUUGUCUAUUCUGAAUUUGCUAAGGACAUUUGGAGAGAACUUGAGGAUAGAUAUGGUAAGGCUGAUGGGGCAAGAGUGUUUGAACUAAAGAAGAGCUUAGCUCAUAUUUCCCAGGGGUCCCUGGAUAUUGCCUCUUAUUUCACCAAAAUUAAGCAGUUAUGGGAUGAAUUAGCUUCUAUCUCGAUUCACUCUGCUAACAAAUGCAACUGCAUUGGUGGUGCCAAAUUUGAGGAGGAACAAAGGGUUUACCAGUUCCUCAUGGGCUUAUAUGAGGUAUAUGUCCAGGUUAGGAGCAAUAUAUUGAUGAUGAAGCCUCUACCCUCCAUUGACACCACCUAUAGCAUCCUUUUGAGUGAUGAGAAACAGAGGCAAGUGUGCACAAGCUCUUCCAUUCCAUCUGAAUCUGAAUCUGCAUCUUUCCAUGUUUCCUCCUCCAGUAAUGGUGGUCCUAGGCCUCAGUUUAAUCCGAAAGCCAACUAUGAUUCCCAAAAGUCUUCCCUGUUUUGCAAAUAUUGCAAGAGAUCUGGACAUCUCAUGGAGAAAUGUCACAGACUCCAUGGUUACCCUUCACAUUUUAAGUUCACCAAGAGUUCAGGUCACAAGAAGGCUGCUGCUAAUGUUGCCUGUGAUUCUUCACCUACUACCUCACCUGCCUUAGUCCCUUUUGCUGAAUGUUCUGAUAAUCGGUUUGGCACAUCUGGUUUGACAAAAGAUGAGCAUGCUCAGUUGAUUCACCUCAUGCAGAAGUCUCAUAUCUCUCCUAGUUCCUCUCAUUCUCUCAUGGCUUCGGCCCACUUUGCUGGUAGGAUUGCUACUCACAGUGUUUUUCUCAAACCUGCUUUAUUUUCAUAA